GCUGGCAAGGCAGCAAUUAGCAUUUCCAAUGGGCCCUCGGAGUCUUAGCGUUUGUCCCUAGACUUUUAUCCCAUUAUUCCUUAGGGGACCCCUGCGAGGUGUGUGAAUUCUCGAUGGUCUCGGUUUGGGUGAAGCUUGGCAGGUAGCCUUUGUAAUGGUCCGGUUCAGAGAACUCCCUGAAAGCCGGGGUUAGAGCAUUAAGUUUGCUUUGCAGACCUAGAGUAACAGACCUAUAUUCAGCUUAAAAUAAGUAAAUGCAUCAUAUGUCUCAUCAGAUACCGAGUUGUUUCUAAUAUAGACAAAAGGCUCCAAAGAUUGGGAACAACUUGUGAAUAGAGAAAAACAAUUCUAUGCAUCAACCUAAGGUUUUCUUAAAGUUAAGAUUUCCCCCUCCCAUUCUACCUGUGGCAAACAAAACCACAUAUCAAUGUAAAAAAAAAUGUAAUUAAUUAAAUUUUCAAAGCAAAAGAACGUUUUUUAAAAGGCUCUGGAAAAAGCAAAAACUUUCUGGUAUGCAGUUUCCCAAGUCUUAAAAUGUUAGUCUGAGCAGACAUCUCUGUGACGGGAAAAUGGUGAGGGAAAGUGCUCUUCAGGAUGUCACACGAGCACUAACUAUAAGGUUAUGAGAAACCACAAGGCCGUGAGAUGAAGGCUUUUAUGAAAAACUAGCAAAUCAGUUCCAUGAGCUCGAAAGCAAUGAUGGAUCAUCCAUUUUUAGGGCUUGAUAUGUUCUUUCUCAUUUAAUCCAAAGACACCUCUGUGAAGUAGAUUGUAUUUUAAUCAUUUUACAGAUGAGGAACUGAACCUUCAGCUGCAUGGCCAACAAGAGGAGGAGCUAGGGUUUAAACCCAGAUGGGUCUAACUCUAAAGCCUGCCAUCAUUUCUGCGAUCCGUCUGGUUGGAAUGAAGUCUGAUCAUGGGGGCCUGAUUUGGAACAUGAGGUAGGAACAUCUGUAGAGCACCUUUAACACCAAAAAGAACAUGCAGGUGCCAUCUUGCAGAUUUGGAUAUGCAUAGCAAAUUUCACUUCAGUGGCUGUACUACUUUUGCACUCCCAUGAACAGUGAUUAAGACUUCCCUCACCAUUGCCUAAACUAGGAAACAGAAUCUGUGAUGGAGAGUUGCAUGCAGAAGUUUAUUGGGGAAUGCUCUCAGGUCAUCCACCUAUGGCAACGUGAAGAAGACAGGGCAGCUUGAGGAAGUCGGACCACAUAGCAGGAAGGUAUUGCAGCAAGAUGGAUUUGGGAAAGAACCAAUCUCGUUUGACACUGCAUCAGACACCUGAUUCUCACCAAGAAAACUACGUUCCAGAAGUGAUUGGAACUUGGAGUUUGCGAAACAGAGAGCAGCUCAGGAAAAGAAAAGCUGAAGCACAAGAAAAGCAAACUUCACAAUGGCAAUUUGGAGAGAAAAAAUACAAGCGGCAGAGAACAGGAAAAGGAAACCAAAGGGGCAGAAAAAACAAACAAAAUACAGAACUGAAGGUGGAGCCUCAGUCACAAUUAGAAAAGGAAAUGAUGGAGAAUGCACUGACACCUACAGAGAAAGAAAACGAAUCACCUAGGAGUGUAACUGAAGCUCUCCCUUCAGUAGCCUCCCCACAGAGAAUUGAACCUGAGAAAACAUUUUCUGCAAUAGGUCAAGAAAGCAUUAUAUGUCAGGAAAAUUCUUCUCAGUACCAAGGAACAACAGUUCAAAACCACCCUUCUGAAAUAGGCCAAGAUAUAGCUGAACCUGAAGACCUCUCUCCUAAAAUGUGCCAAGAAAUAGCUGUAAUUCAAGGCCAUUCUUCCAGAAUGUGCCAUGAUAUGGCUGAACCUGAAGACCUCUCUCCUAAAAUGUGCCAAGAAAUAGCUGUAAUUCAAGGCCCUUCUUCCAGAAUGUGCCAUGAUAUAGCUGAACCUGAAGAUCUCUCUCCUAAAAUGUGCCAAGAAAUAGCUGUAAUUCAAGGCCCUUCUUCCAGAAUGUGCCAUGAUAUGGCUGAACCUGAAGACCUCUCUCCUAACAUGUGCCAAGAAACAUCUGUAGUCAAAGCCCUUCCUUCUAAAACACAUGAAGACAUAGCUGGCAUGGAAGGAUGCGCUCUUGAAGCAUACCCCAAAGCAGAUGUGCCUAAAGGCUACACUCUUGAAACAUACCAAAAAAGAGCUGAACCCAAGGAAGACAGUACUGAACCAGGUCAAGGAAUAGCUGGGACUGAAAACUUUCCUCCUAAAAUACAAGAAAUAGCUGUGCCUAAAGACCUUUCUACAAAAGCAUACCAAGAAACAGUUGAACCUGAACACAUUUCUCAUAAAGCAUAUGAAGAAAAUUCUGUGCCCAAAGCCCUCUCUUAUAAGACAACCCAAGAAACACCUGCUCAUGAGGAAUGUCCAUCUGAAAUACACAUUUACCAAAAAACACCUGAGCCUGAAGAUUGUGCACCUGAAAUAUACCAAGAAAAACAAGGGCCUGAAGACCUCUCUACUAAGCCAUACGAAAAUAAGAAUGUGCCUACAGAAUGCUUUCCUGAACCAAACCAAGAAGCAGAUGGGCCCCAAGGCCAGGAUCCUAAAGCACACCAGGAAGAUGCUAAGGCUGUUCAUACUUCUUCUCAAGAAAUGAAAGAAAAACCCAAAGCACAAGAACCAGAGACACCAGCAAUUCCAAACGUUCCUCAAGAGAUUCACCCAGAAAAUGACGUCUAUAGUUAUGUUUUGUUUUAACAAUGCUCAAUCAUAACAAUUGUGCAACAUCUUAUUACAUGUGAUUUUUCUCAAAA